AUAUAAUAGGAUUAAAUCCGUACAAACUCUCAAAAGAGCAGUAUUGACGAGUUGGUCAUAGUCAGUAGUAGUGCGUCGUUUCGGCCCGGUUGCCAAAACGUUCAUCCUAAAAUCUUUGGUCAUGUUCAACCUCUACCAGUCUCUAAACAAGAAAGAUGACCAAGAUAAGGAAUUGGAAGUGAUAGGUCACGAGAGAUUUUACCAAGCGAGAACGGGAAGGAGCUCCAAGAGGAAAAAAAGGGUCACUCGAAGGACUCACAGCGCUGCCGAGUUUCCUGCUGCGACUCUGACGGCCGCCAAUAGAAGAGCAGCUUUUCGGAACAGGAGUCAGAGCUCAGAAAACAAGAGCGAUGAUGGAAAGUCGACGCCUCAGAGAGCUGACUCGCUCGUGAAGCUUUUCUUCGGAUAUCGGCGACAAUCGGGCGUACAAAAGCACGAAUACAGUGCCCUGAAAACCGACAGCGGAAGUGAAAAAUUCAAAGGAGAGAAGCAGAUCCGCAAUGGGGCUUUCAUGACUUGCAAGCAAUAUUUGGAGAACAAUGAGAGAUAUGAACUAAAAACGCAGCUUGAUGAUAUUGGUUCUCGAGCCGACAAAUAUUGGUUCAUCGUCCAGGACAACAUAUUAGGAGCAGAAAGACUGUUAACUUUAGUAACACUACCAUCCAACUGUCUCAUAAAUCCGUCCCAAUCUACAAAAGACACCCUACUAGAGUUGUUCAGGGGGCUGCAGCACCCGUACAUUCACCCUGUGCUCGAUAUUGAAUUCUGGGAGGGUGGAGCAGCCAUUAUCAGUCCGUGCAAUCCCGCUGGAAGUCUCAAGGAUCUCAUCUACAGUUCGGUUUGGCACAAAGAAUUUGAUAAGAAAUACGUUGGCAGGGGAGAAGGGUUGUCAAUUAGAACGGUUCAGUGCCUAGGUCGCCAGAUUUUGGAAGGAUUACUUUUCUUGAGAAACCGGUAUUUUCCACCCUUUUAUCACCUACACGCAGGUAAUGUAAUAAUUCAAAAUGGCGUUGCAAGAUUAGCAGGACUAGAAAAUCACCUGCUGAGUCUGCAGCCAAAAAUCCCUUCUGCUCCAGAAACUAUAUCUUUCGGCUACCUGCUCUUCGAAAUGACAGCGGGAUAUGAGUUGCCCGGUCCACCAACUCCAGCUCAUCUACAACUUGAGCUCGAGAGAGCACCCAAGGUAGCAGAGACCCUGGAGUUCAUUUUCCAAACGUCCAGGACUCCAACAUUGGAGGAGUUAGCCAGGUAAGGAGUGAACGUUGAGGUG